AUGUGGAAAGGGAGGGCUGUUUCGAAAGCUUGUUGUGAGUUUUUUGAAGAAACCAUUGAAAGAGAAAAAUUAGUGCUACAAAAGCGAAAGCAAAAAGAGAUUCUUGAGGAAUAUGUGAGCGAAAAUGCUAAAUUUCAGGCAUUUGAGAGCAGUAUGCAACUUCCAAGAAGGGAGAAGAGGAAAAUAACAUCACCACCACCUCGGGAAAGCACCUCCGAUGAUGAAGAUGUACUUCUGACAACACCAAACAAGAAAAUGUUGGAAAAUGAAGAUGUUAAAUUAUAUGUCGAGUCAAUUCCCAUUGUAUGUGCAUUUGGUGUAAAUAUAUUCAAACUGAAAAAAUUAUUAGGGAAUGAUUUAGCGAACCAAAUCUCUGAGUAUCGGGACAAAACACCUUCUAUAUGGACAAAAGAACUAGAGAAUUAUUUAGAAUAUGCAUUGGAUCAAACAGGAAAACAAUUCAAGAUGGCAAUACAGAAUGAAAUAGAAGGAGAAUCGGCUAACAAGUUUAGGGAGCGAAAAUUUAUUGUAUGCCAUAUCUCAGCUUUGUUCAAAUUUUACGAAUCAACAUUUGGAACUUUGACAUUUGACUGGAUUGAAUCUCAUUCACAGGCUGCAAAAGUGACUAAAUCAUCAACAGAUACCGGGAUUGUAAAAGUAGAUAUAAAAGGAACUCGGAAUAGAGAUGGAAAUGAUGUCUGGCACAUGGUUGAUUAA